GUGGGGUGUGUGUGUGUGUGUGUGUGUGUGUGUGUGUGUGUAUGUGUGUGUCUGACCACAGGUGGUACUCAGAUUACCCUCCCUGUACUGUUCUCUGUUGCAGACUGUCUGACCACCACGUGUGUAAUUCAGCCAGCCACAGAACUGGAAUUUCCCAGGGGCAAGAGAAGCACGGAAUUUGGACUUUCUUAAGCAACUGAAGUAGAGCGUGGAACUUGCUGGCCCAGGAAACACCAUGGACAAUGAACAAGAAGGCAGUAAUACCAGCAAGCCCCUGUGGCUAGGAGGCUUUCUUGACACCAGGAGAUUCUCGAACUCUUUGAUGAAGGAUAUUGUGUCUUACUGGUCUCCAGUGCAUGAAGCUGCAAUCCAUGGACGUCUGUUCUAUUUGAGAAACCUCAUCAACCAGGGGUGGCCUGUGAACAUCAACACAGCAGAUCAAGUGUCUCCACUCCAUGAAGCCUGUCUUGGAGGUCAUCCAUCUUGUGCGAAUAUGUUAUUAAGACAUGGCGCUCAGGUGAAUGCUGUGACCACGGACUGGCAUACUCCCCUGUUUAGUGCCUGUAUCAGUGGCAGCGUGGACUGUGUGAAUCUGCUUCUGCAGCAUGGGGCCAGCCCCCACUCAGAGAGUGAUCUGGCAUCUCCAAUCCACGAGGCUGCUAAGAGAGGUCAUGUGGAGUGCAUCGAGUCCCUUGUAGCUCAUGGUGCCAACAUUAACCAUAACAUCAGCCACCUGGGCACUCCCCUCUAUGUGGCUUGUGAAAAACAGCAGCUGGCCUGUGCCAAGAAGCUUCUGGAGUCAGGAGCAAGUGUCAACCAAGGCAGAGAUCUGGAUUCUCCUCUUCAUGCAGUGGCCAGGCUGUCCAAUGGGGAGCUGGCCUGCCUGCUCAUGGACUUCGGAGCAAACGCCCAGGCCAGGAAUGCUGACGGCAAACGUCCUGUGGAACUGGUGCCUCCAGAUAGCCCUUUGAUCAAUUUCUUCUUGCAGAGAGAAGGGCCCGCUUCUUUGAUGGAGUUAUGCCGCUUGAGAAUCCGGCAGUGCUUUGGAAUCCAGCAACAUCAUAAGAUAUCUGAGCUCAUCCUUCCAGAGACACUAAAACAGUUUCUCCUACAUGUUAAUUGUGUCGAAGGAAUGGAUUUACAAGCAAGAGCAAAACAUAAUUGAAUGUUGUGGUCACUGGAACUGAAAAUAAACUUA